AUGGCACCACUCAUCACACACAUUUACACGGCAGACCCCUCAGCGCACGUAUUCAAUGGAAAACUAUACAUUUACCCCUCUCACGAUCGCGAGACAGACAUUCAAUUCAAUGACAAUGGCGACCAAUACGACAUGGUUGACUACCACGUCUUCUCACUCGACACCUUACACCCUUCCCCCGGAGUGGUAACCGACCACGGGGCCGUCCUUCGCAUGGAAGACAUACCAUGGGUAUCAAAGCAACUCUGGGCCCCAGACGCAGCAUACAAAGACGGCAAAUACUACCUCUACUUCCCUGCCCGCGAUAAAGAAGGCAUCUUCCGCAUCGGCGUCGCAGAAGGCCCAUCUCCCCAUGGCCCGUUCGUGCCAGACGCCAACGCCAUACCUGGCAGCUACAGCAUCGACCCAGCCUGCUUCGUCGACGACGACAACCAAGCGUACCUCUACUUCGGGGGUCUCUGGGGCGGCCAACUCCAGUGCUACGCCGGCAACACCGAGACAUACAACCCAUCUCUCCAGGGGCCGCACGAACGCACAGGGGACCAGCCAUCGCAGGGACCGCGCGUGGCCGUCCUCUCGUCCGACAUGCACAGUUUUGCGUCGCCGCCUGUAGAAUUGCCGAUUCUGGACCCCGAGACCAACGCGCCGAUUGCGGCUGACGACCACGACAGACGGUUUUUCGAGGCGGCGUGGUUGCACAAGGCCCGUGGGCGGUACUACCUCUCUUACUCGACUGGUGACACGCACUUCUUGUGCUAUGCGACUAGCUCGUCGCCCCUGGGGCCGUUUGUGUACGGCGGGAGGAUACUGGAGCCGGUGUUGGGCUGGACGACGCACCAUUCCAUUGUCGAGUUUGAAGGCAGGACGUAUUUGUUCUAUCAUGACUGCGAGCUGAGCAAGGGUGUGGACCAUCUGAGAUCGGUCAAGGUCAAGGAGAUAUUUUAUGAUGACGAGGGGAGGAUAUUGACCACCACUGCUGAUUGA